AUGAUGUCGAAUGAAACAUGCCGAUGUGAUCAUACAAGUGAUUGUGUUUAUCCUGCUGGAAUUUAUAAUCAAUCAAAAGCUAUUAUUCCAAAUGAGGUAUUUUCACUUGAUGAAUCACCUGUAUUCAUUGUACCAGGAUUUCAAAUUGGAUGUAUACCUCAAAAUGCAUUACUUCAAUCAACAUUGGAAUGCUUUUAUAACCAAUCAUGUCUCGAUAUCGUCAUUUCGUUAACUGGUGCUCUUCGCAGUGUUUCAGCUUUAAAUAUUUCAAACUCUUUUUCACGAUUCAGUCCAAAAACAACUAUUGGCGUCCUUUUUGAUAAUCUAAUGAUCGAAUCUUGGGAAAACUCUACUGAUUUUAAUGCCUAUUUUCAUACUUGUGCACCCAAAGCCUGCUCAUAUUCAUAUUUACAACGGCUUUUUCUCAUUUACAUGAUUACAACCAUAGCGAGUGUCUUCGGUGGACUAAACGUAUUAUUACGUAUAGCAUCUCCAUUGUUCGUGAAAUUCAUCAUACAUUUAUGUCAUCAACAGGUUCAAGUGGUAGAAACUGAUGAAGAACAUGAACCAAACAGAAUUAGAUCACAACAGAUCAUUGUCAAAAAUCCAAGAGUGGAUCAAUUUGAACAUCUUCAUGACAUGUAUGCAUCUGUUCUAUCAUGUUCAUGUCGUUAUUCAUCAAUUCAACGUUCAACAUUCAUGUCCAUUGAAGUCACAAUUCAUCCAUUUUGCAGAAGUAUUUUUAUUCGUGAUGAUCGUUGGUUCCAAUAUUGGACAAUGCAAUUUCUCAAUGGUAGCAUUGAUCCUACUCCACCAUUUUACUGGGCUGACUUUCGCAAGAACGGAUUGAAUUUUUUUAAUUAUGUUAAGAUACUCUGUGACAUAUUUCAUAUAAUCUUAUCCGACAUGGUGAAUUCGUUUCAAGUAGAGUACAUUUUCUCUCCUAAACCUAUGGCACAACUAGAAUUCAAUGAAACAAUCAAGUAUCAGGCAGUUAAUUUAAUCACCCAGGUACAGUACAAUGAAAGAAGAUAG